UAGGCCGGGUUGCUGCGCUGGCUCAUCCACCUUAGAAAAAUAUGCAACCUCCAAUGAGUUUCCUGAUGAUACCCUGAACUUCAUCAAGACGCACCCGCUCAUGGAUGAGGCAGUGCCCUCCAUCUUCAACAGGCCAUGGUUCCUGAGGACGAUGGUCAGAUACCGCCUGACCAAAAUUGCAGUGGACACCACUGCUGGGCCGUAUCAGAAUCACACUGUGGUUUUUCUGGGAUCAGAGAAGGGAAUCAUCUUGAAGUUCUUGGCCAGGAUAGGAAACGGUGGUUUUCUAAAUGACAGCCUUUUCCUGGAGGAGAUGAGCGUUUACAACCCCGAAAAGUGAGUGGAAUGUUUGAUUCUUUCUCAGUAAUUAUU